AUGGCAUCGUCGACCCUCGGCCGUUGGGCCGCCAGGACUCUGGGCGGCCGUCAGCCUUGGCCCCUCAGGAACUUCUCCAACCCGCGUUUCGAGAGGAUCGGCGCGAGCCAGCGCAUCGAGGAGGAGAACUUGCCAGACUACGUCGCGGCGCGGUACUGCCCCGUCCGCAUCGGCGACCUGUUUGCUUCGCGCUACCAGGUCGUCGGCAAGCUCGGCUUCGGCGUAACGUCGACCGUCUGGCUGGCGCGAGACCUGACGGGCCGCCGCCACGUCGUCUUGAAGAUCUUUAUCCGCGCGGCCAGCUUGGGAAGCGAGCUGUCGCACGAGUUGUCCGCCUACCAGCGCCUGGACCGAGGUCCCACAUCACAUUUGGGUCGACGAGCCGUCCGCACCCUGCUCGACUCGUUCACCAUUUCCGGCCCCGACGGCGCGCACCCGUGUCUCGUGCACCCGCCGCUGUGGGACAGCGUCAAGACCUUCCUGGCGCGCAACCCCGCCGGCCGGCUGCCCGUGCCCGUCCUCGCCAUCGUGCUGCAGCAGCUCUUCCACGCUCUCGAUUACGCCCACAAGUGCCAGGUUAUCCACACAGACAUCAAGGCGGGAAACAUCAUGUUUGGCAGCGAAGACGCUACCGUUUUCGAAAAGUUCGAGCAGGCCGAGCUCGAGCAUCCCACGCCGCGCAAAGAAAUCGACGGCAGGAUCAUCUACCUGUCCCGCGACUUGGAAAUGCCCAGCGACCUCGGCCUACCCGUCCUCUGCGACUUUGGCUCGGCCGCAUGGGGCGAGGAAAGGCACGAAGAGGACGUGCAGCCAGAUGUCUACCGGUCGCCUGAGGUCAUUCUCAAGGUCCCCUGGAGUUAUGAAAUCGAUAUUUGGAAUGUCGGCUGCGUGAUCUGGGAUAUCUUUGAAGGCAGGCACCUGUUCUACGGAACCGACCCCGAACACGGCGCCUAUCGCAGCCGCGCCCACUUGGCCGAGAUCAUUGCCCUCCUGGGUCCUCCGCCGCCAGGGCUCGUGGCCCGGGGCUUGCUGAGGUCCAAGUUCGUUUCUGAACAAGAGGAAUUCCAAGCCGGUAUCAAGGUGCCGCCUCCCGUCUCCUUGGAACAGUUGGAGACAAACCUAGAAGGUUCAGACAAGAAGUUGUUUCUGCAAUUCAUGAGCAAGAUGCUGCAGUGGGAUCCGCAGCACCGGCAGACGGCGAAGCAGCUUCUUGAGGACGAGUGGCUGAAGAAGCAUACCUAG